AUGACACCGGAUACCGAGUUGGAAGUAAAAUUCAUUAAGGCGCAGAAUGUUUUGCACCAAGUGAGUCGGUCGAUUGCAUUUUUAGGGAUGUGGCCGGAGGAGAUAACCAGUAGCAGCCGAAUAAGACUUGCUAUGUACUUAACGUAUCACAUAUUUCGGGUCCUGAUGGAAUUGAUUGAAUUUGCAAUGGUUCUUGGGAAUCUCCAACUGACCAUCGAUAAUGUCACCAACACGGGUUUCCAAGUGGCUGUUAUAUUGAGACUGACAAGUUGGAGAUUCAACCCAAAGAUGCGGUAUGCUAUUGAGAAAUUCAAUGAAUUUCAUCAACGGCAUGAGUUCCAAAACACCAGGGAAUUGGAUGUUUUCAUCAGAUAUAGUGAAUAUUCUCUCGCUGUUUACAAAAUCAUUAGGACAACGUCAGUUGCAUGCGUUGUCUCGUGGUACUUAACACCAUUUCAGAACUAUCUCUUUGCGAAGUUACAGAACGAAACAUUUGUUUUUGUUUAUCCGUUCCGAAUGCCUCCAUUCGAGAUUUUUUCGAGACUCGAUGUGGCCUUUCUCGUUCAUUUUACUGACAUUGGAAUGGCAUACGUGAGUAUUUGUUUUGCACUAACAUAUGGAUUAUAUUUCACGAUCAUCCAUCAUAUUUGUGGUCAAUUGGUCAUCAUGAGUGACAGAGUGAGGAAUCUUAGAGUUGAUCCGACUGUAUCGAUGGCAGAGGUUUUUCGUCCUAUCAUUGAGAAGCAUACAGCUAUAAUCCGGGUGUCGAAAGCGUUGGAUGAUUGUUCGAAUGUUUUUCUGCUUUAUGAACUAUUGAACACCAUUAUCGUUAUUGGACUGCUCGCAUACUAUUUAAUAGUGGACGGAGAUGCAAGUUCAGCUGUCAUUGUCAAUUAUUCACUGGCUACGAUCAACAUAUUGGUGCUUAUAUUCGCGAAUUGUUUCAUGGGUCAGUGUCUAGAAAAUGAGAGCAUGAAUCUGCUCGAAGCGUUCUACGAUUACCAGUGGCAUGACAUGCCGUUAUCCUAUCAGAGAGGAUUGCUAAUUUGUAUGCUAUGCGCCCGAUCGCCGCUGAAGAUGACAGCGGGAAAAUUCUACAAAUUUUCGUUGGAAGGUUUUACAAUCAUACUAAAAUCAUCCAUGGCCGUUAUUUCAAUGUUAAGGAAAACAGUUUAA